AUGUGCAGCAGAUUGUCGAAUUCAUCCACGCCGGCCUCAUGUUCGGCCCUCCCCGACGAUGUCUAUUACGACGCGAUCAAUCCGUGGGCGAAAUCAGAGGCGCAGGACAUCGCUCCAUGUCCGUUCCUCCCUGAUGACAUCAUCGAGGACAUCUUCACGCGGCUGCCGGCAAGCUUAGCCCUCCAGUGUCGCGGCCUGUCCCGCGACUGGGCUGCCACAAUCUCCUCCGAUGCCUUCGUCGACCGUCACCUCCGAGCCGCCAACCGCCACGGCGGCCCCAGGUUCUUCCUCCUCUCGUGGACGCCAUCCCUCACCACGGCGCACGCGUGGUCACCCGGCGGCAGAAUCGCGCCGCCGCCGCCGCUCACCCGGCGCCUGCUCAUGCGCGACGGCGUCACUCAGCAGUGCCGCGGCCUCGUCGUCCUCAAGGAGCGGGCCCGCCAGCCGGUGCACUGCGUCUGCGUGUACAACUCAUCCACCGGACACAUGACGGCGCUCCCGCGGCGCCGCCUGAACCUGAUGGAGGGCCUCCACCACCGUCACCCGGCGAAGGGGCACUACGAGAGCUUUGGGCUCGGCUACGACGCGCGCAUCGAAAAGCACAAGGUGGUGCGCAUACACUACCGCGGGUACCAGCUCCCCGACCUCUGCGAGGUCUACGUGGUGGACGACGACUCCGGCGCGGGGUUCUGGCGUGCGCCGGCGGCGAUCGGCCGGCCCGACGCGACGAAACCGGCCGGCUGGGUGAGCUCGUACGAGCCGAGUGUGUUCGCGCAGGGCCACGUUCAUUGGAUGGCCCAGAAGCAGAGUCCGCGGAAGGACUCGCACUGGAGGGUGACGGGCCGGGGGCUCAUCAUCUCCUUCUCCGUCGCCGACGAGCACUUCGGGGUUGUGCCGCUGCCUCCCUGUGUGGACUACCUCGGCGAGUACCAGCUAACGGAGCUGGAGGGACGCCUGUGCCUCUUCAGCCCCAUCGUCGACAACAUCAAACGCGGGCACCGGCCAUACGACCUGUGGUCGCUGCGCGACCACGAGACGGGGACGUGGGACUUCCGCUGCCGUCGCCGGAGGUCGCUUCGUUCAUACGCUGUGGCGCCAGUCCGGUCGCCUCCUUGGACGACGGCCGCCGCAUCCUGUUUAUGA